UGAAAUUUAAAUGUAAUUAUCUAGUUUUAGCAGAAAUAUCUUCGAGUGUACCAGAAUAUUAUUUCUACAAGCCUAAACGAUGAAUUUUGAUCUUGAUGAUCCCUUGGAUGGGCUUCUUAGUGAUGGCAGCAACGACAGCUUGUUUGGUAAUGAACCCACCAAAAAAACAACAAAAACCGCGACUCUCGCCCCGAAAUCGGAAAACAAACAAACAAAAAUAGAAGACCUAUUUGGAUUUAAAUCUGAAGCCGCAAAGCCGGAUCCUGUCAAGCCUGCUGCUGCCCCCGCACCCGUUACAGUCGAAAAGGAUCCAGCUUCAUUGGAUUAUCAAAAAGCGCCAGCAUCAUCUGGUGGCCAACCGUCUAGUUUUGCUGUGAGACGAACCAGUACUCCCAUCAAAAAACCUGAGCCAAAUGCGAAAAAGGAAAUCACAUUUGACGACAGUGAUGUGCUUUCGGAUUUAGGAUUCGAUCCUAAGAAACCGAAGAGUAAAUCCAGCGUAUUGGACGAUAUCCUCGGUGGUCCGAUUAUCACUAGCAGCAAGGAGAUUAUCGCGAAACAAAGUAAAAACAAACCGACGGUUGUUGUGACAAAAGAGCAAUCUGCCGGUAGUAAGACUAUUUCUAGGCAAUCUACCGAAACCUCCGAAAAUCUGCCCACCGAAAGUACGAUGAUGGGAGGAUAUGCUCCGAGUGGUGGUAAUCAACGAAGGAGUGCACGCAGAAAGUCUUCCAGCACUUUGAACGAUCCACUGGGACUGUUUUCAACACCUUUAGAUCCAAGAAAAGAAUCGAAGUCAGCCAAGAAAGGAGCAGAUUGGUUGGGAUUACAAGAGGAUAGUAACUCUAAUGAUCCAGAACCUGUUCCGGCUACUCGUACGGAGCCCGAAGUGGUUAAGCCCGUUGAAAUUAUGAAACCGCACAUCACACAGGAGGAUACGACUGCUAAGGUUUCAGUACCAGUCGUGCCUACAAUACCGCCAGCGGUCGAACCCAUUCCGACUGUUUUACCCCUUUUAACAAAACCGAGUAUAGACACUGCGGUCCAAGCUAUGGAUAUCUUGAAUCAAGAAACUGAAAGUGUCAUAAGUACACUGCAGCAACAAGAUUUUCAACUGACAGUUGCUAAACAGAUGAAAAAUCAAGAGCAAGUUCUGAUGGAUUUACAGCAUAAACAACAAACGAUUCUACAAAAGCAGGAGGCUCAGUUCAACGAAUUGCUUCAGAAACAAAUCCAUCGUCAUACUCACUUGGAGGAAAUCAUAUCGAAACAACAGGAUCGAAUCAACGCCAACAUUCACCUGAUGAUGACUCAACCAGCACAGCUUUUGUCACUUGCUGCAGAACAGGAAACCCCUAAACAGCAGUCUAAAACUGCGAAACCAGACAGCGAACAAAAGGAGCUAUUUAACAGGGUCCAACUGGAAUCCGAUCUUAAACGUUUGGAAUUGGAAAAACUUCGACUAGAGGAUUUGGUUUCAAACAUUACGGCCAACCACGAACAAGAGAUUUCAUUGCUAGAGCAAAGCUAUCGCAAGCAAAUAGGUUUUCUAGAUGAAAGUUUGAAAAUUAUGGAAACCCGUAUGAAACUCGAAAACAAGAACAUGGAGGAAUACUACAAAACAAAGCUGCAAAAUUUAGAAGCAGAGAAGGAACAACUGUUGGAGGAGCAUACCAAGCAGAUUCAACAGAUGGAAACAGAACAUCGUGCAGUGGUUGAAAAAAUCAAAAAUAAUUAUGAGGAAAGCUUAGAUAACUUGAAAACAGAGCACCGUGAAAUGAUCGCCAAUAUUCGAGAAUCCAAGCUGUUGGAGUUUUCAGUCCUACAGGAUAAUCAUUCGUAUAUGAGUAUGCUGAAAAGUGCUUCCAAUUAUCUGGAAACGGCAUCCGGUGAUCUCCAGCAGCUGAGGGAUACCUUGCAGGACCAGCUGGAGUUCACGCAAAAAGAGAAGGAGAUUCAGCUGAAAGCGAGAGAAAAACAACUGGACGAUCAACAGCGACGGUUGGAGCGAACGAAGGAAGCUGCUGAGGUAGAGAAAGUGCGCUUACUCAAUUUGGUGGAGACGCUGGAAAUGAAACUCACCGAGCUGACUAAGACUUCGUCGGAAGAGCACUGGAUCUACCAACAAAAGCUGGUAAAAUUAGAAUCGGAGAAGUCCAGUUUUGAGAAAGAAAAAGAACACACCCGUGAGAAAUUUGCACGCGAGGAAAAACGACUCGAUGAGCUUAAAGAGCAACAGCUAGAAGAACAUGCCAAACUCAUGCAGAAAAUUCACGACGAAAGGCAACUGAUUCUGGAAGAGAAAGCAAAGUUAGACACAUUGUCAAAAAUUCAAAAACAGGACUUAACAGAACUAUCCCGCGCAGAGAUUGACGCUGCGAUUAAGGUUGCUGAAGAUGCUGCUCGUCAAUCGGAUAAAGAGCGCGAAAGACUACUUCAGCUGCAGCGGCAAUUCGAAAGUAAACGACGUGAGCUGAUCAACCAGGACAGUGUAGUACGAGCGAGGGCUGUUGAGUUGGAAAAUGCGCUCACUAGUGCCAAAGCGAAGGAGCGGAAUGCCGAGUUGGCAUUUAAAGCUGUUAAACGUGCUGAACAAAAUCUACAGCUCAAGCUUCAGCUAGUUCAAAAACAAUUUCGCGAGGUGUCUGAGCGAGAAGAUCGUCUUGCUAAAGAUAAGAUUGAGUUGAGUAAAGAACGGCUGGAGUUGCAGUCGACAAGAAAACGACUACAGACUACCCGGUGCAGUUUGUGUAAAAUCAGCGAACGCUCACAGGAAAUUGGAGACUAUCUUACAACGGCCAUUCAAAACUCCGACUCCGUGGCGGAUGAUCGAAAGCUGGAGGCGAGCUUUAUCGAGAUGCAGCAUCGAGAGCCUAACCGGCUGGAUGAAUUCUUUGAUGGGGAUUUAGAUAGGCAGCUGCAAGGAUUCCUAGAAAGAAACCGUGUGGAUGAUGCGGACCUGGGUGCUCAAACACUUUCGAACCUGGCCGAAAAUGAAGAUGGCACUGUUGAUUCGGACUUGCUCCUACAGAGGUUCAAUGUGCUGCAACCACUGAGUUUUUUCGAUAGUGUUGAUGAACUCUAAAAUUGCAGAUAUAUAAGGAUUUUUUUAAAUUAAUCAAAGAUUUUUUCGAUUUUAUACUUGUUCUCUCUCCAUGAAAUGGAUUCUCUCUUUUGCUAGCUCAUAUCUAUACC